CCGGGGCCGCGGAUAGAUAUCUCGGUGUCCUGCGACCCUGCUAAGCACACGCGCGAGUCGACUGUGUAUCUCGAAAGUCCGGAGCGAUUUUACUUGUAUUUACGGACAAAGUCAGCGUCGCUGCGACCGACAGACAGCCUGAAAGAUGCCACGAAUAGAAGCGGACGUGAAGUUGGACUUCAAGGACGUUUUGAUCAGACCAAAACGCAGCACGAUCAGGAGUAGAGCUGAUGUUGACCUGGUUCGAACAGUCACCAAGUUCAGGAACUCUGGACAGACAUACAGUGGAGUCCCAGUCAUCGCUGCUAACAUGGACACCGUGGGGACAUUUGAGAUGGCCAAAGCUCUUUCCAAGCAUGGUUGUUUCACAGCUAUUCAUAAGCACUACUCGGUGGAAGCCUGGGAAGACUUUGGACGGAAUAAUCCAGAUGUUAUACAGAAUGUAGCUGUAAGUGCCGGCGCCCUGAAGGGAGAUUUUGACAAGUUGGCGAGCAUCCUGGCUUCUGUGCCGCAGCUUAAGUUCAUCUGUCUCGACGUGGCCAACGGCUACUCAGAGGCUUUCGUGGAAACUGUUCGGGAAGUUCGAAAGAAGUUUCCGAAGCACACCAUUAUGGCAGGAAAUGUUGUGACUUGUGAGAUGACUGAAGAACUCAUCCUGUCAGGAGCUGACAUUGUGAAGGUUGGAAUUGGCCCAGGCUCAGUUUGCACCACGAGAAAGAAGACAGGUGUAGGUUACCCUCAGCUGAGCGCUGUGCUGGAGUGUGCCGACGCGGCCCACGGUCUGGGAGGGCACAUCAUCUCCGACGGAGGCUGUACCUGCCCUGGAGACGUCGCCAAGGCAUUCGGAGCUGGAGCUGAUUUUGUCAUGUUAGGUGGGAUGUUGGCUGGUCAUGACCAGUCAGGAGGGGAAACCAUCGAGAAGAACGGCAAGAAGAUGAAGUCCUUCUACGGCAUGGCCUCGGCCACUGCUAUGAAGAAGUACGCUGGGGGAGUGGCUGAGUACAGGGCGUCGGAAGGGAAGACCGUAGAAGUGGAGUAUCGCGGUGAUGUGGAGAACACCGUACGGGAUAUCCUGGGCGGCCUGCGGUCUGCCUGUACCUAUGUCGGAGCUGCGAAGCUGAAGGAGAUGAAGAAACGCACAACCUUCAUCCAAGUCACACAACAGCUCAACACCAUCUUCAGUUAGACAAAGAGUGAAGGACAGUAGUGAAUGGAGGUGAUGGUACGUGAUGUUAACCUGGUGUCCAGUCUAUCGUGGUUGGGGAAGGUUUUCUUCAGGGCUGCUGAAGCUCUUCCCCGAUUGCCUCAGCUAGGUUCUCUGGUAGGUUUUUCACAAUGGGAGAUUGAAUAGCCCCACCACGAUUCGUGGUGGUGGGGCGAAUCAAAACCCAGGGUGCCAAACUCUAUUGGUGUAACACUCCUACAGGGCAGUCUGUUAAGCUGCGCUGGGGAAAACUAUUAGAGCCCUGAAGACAGCCUGCCUCAACCAUGAUAGACUGGAUACCAGGUUAACAUCAUGUUGGAUAAAAGGUGUCUUCAAACGAAGCAAGUCAGGUAAUACUUAUUAGCCAACGUUUCGGUGGACUGCCUGCUACCGACUUCAGGGCGUUAAAUGGUUGGAUCUACUUUUUACUGCAGCUAGGUGUCACUAAAUUGCAAAUAUUGCAGUCCCAAACCCCAAUCCUGACUCAUCUUAUUUAUAGCUCCCCAUGUCUGGUUCAUAACUGGAGUCGAUUCUUAAGACUGCCUCCUGAGUCCAACAAAUGCGUCUGUUGUCCUCUCUGUCUUUGACCUUGCCACCCUACUAGUCUUUUACACAGUUAUUUCUGGUGAUGUGGCCUGUCACUGCUGAUUUUUUCAAGUUCUAUUCCUUCUCGGCUUCCUUUUCCACCCAGGUGCAGUGUAAUGCAGAAUCAAUCAUAAUUGCCCAGAGGAAGGUGAUAACAAAAUGUCAGCCAGAUACCUUUAAUCUGCCUAUAUGCCAACCAUGCCCAUGUUUUAAGUAUUGCCCAUCUAUUUUAACUACACUUCACUCUACAUGUAAAUGUGUUCUUGUAAAAUUGGAGCUGAGCAGGUAUCUCUGCUGUUUAACAGUUACUGUGCCCAAUCUGCACAAGUCCAAAACAGCGUCCAGUGGAAUAGCAAAUCACAGGAUUGGAGUUUGUGCCAAGCAAACCAUUGUUGUUCUCUUCAUGAAAGUUUUGUGACUACUUUUUUUUCCAUAAUGUGUACUAGCAUAUCUUACUACACAUUACCGUUAUUUGGUAUGGUGUGCAAACAAACAUACAGACAUACUAGUAAAUAGAAAUUACAAAUGAUGCCAUAGAUAAUGUUUAAUGACAUUAGCUCAUCAGGUUAAUACUAUGAUUAUGGUAAUGAAGAAAGCACAGUCAGGUGAAUGAUAUAAUUGGUAUGAUCAAAAAUGUCUAUAAUCAAAAGUAGAUUUUAGAUGAACAAAGUAACAUGAAAGAGCAACAUAUGAGAAUCAGUGAACUUGCACAAAGUGCAUGACAAUAGUAGAAGCCUGUAAAAUGUACUGAGCAAAAACUCUGCAGUCAUUUGGUGCUGCUAUUCAGACUAUUGUUUUCAUUCAAAGGUUUGUGCUACCUACAAUAAUCAUUGUAACAGAGCAACCUUUAUAGUUAUUUGGUUUGAUUAUAUUGACAGGCCAAUCGGUUUAAAUAGGCACAGAGCUUUGCAUUGCUUAGUUUCUUUUUUGCACAUGUAUUUUACAAAAUUACAUGGAAUACGAGAUUUAGCUAAGACACCUACAAAAACCUGUGUUUUUUAGAAGCAUUGUGUUACUGCACAACUGUAAGCUGCUGAGGAGAGUUUUGCUUACUUGUUGGAGUCAUAAAUUAAUACAUUUUAUUCUUUAGAAAUGCAUGUAAUGCAUGCUAUAAAUAUCAAAUCUGUUACUACGUACAUGUAUGUAGUAUAUUAUAGGGGAUGAAGAUUUGGUGAUGUCUCACUUGGAUGAAGAAGAUAUUACAUUUAAUUUGGCUCUGCGUCACAGCAAGUAUGGUGAUUUUCAGCCUGUGAUCCAUACUUCAUCGCAUGCUCUCUGCUUUUGUUGUGUGUCUAUAUACAUGUACAUCUAUCUGUAACUACACUGUAAAGAGUUUGGAGACAAAGACUGUUUUCAGUAGAUGUAAGUACAUCUAUGUCUGUCAACCAACAAGUCAUCCCGGAUGUUUUAUUUUUCCUAGUGAAAGUGAAGGACUGGGUAUCUUUUAUGUAAUGGAACUGAACCAAAGUAUCAUCUACAUGUGACAUGUAGUAGAGGGUAAAGGGUGUGUUUAGUAUCCUUACUCCUUGUGCUAUAUUAAAAGCAGUUAUGCUAAUGAUUUGU